AUGAUGACAGCCCAGCAGCAGAGCACGGACCAAGUCAAGCCUACCUUCGCAUAUCCACACGCGACGCCCGCGGCCGCAGUCGACGUCGCCCCCUCCUCCUCCGCCGCCGCCGCUGCAUCGGAAUCCAGCAGCGCCAUCCCCACCGACGACGCCGGCGCCAAAGGAAGCGCCGACACGUCGGACACCGACAAGAACAAGGAGCAGCAACCGCAGCAGCCGUCCAAGAAGUCGCGGCGCGAACUGCCGCCGCACACGGUCGCCAUCCUCAAGGGAUGGAUGCUCUCCCGCGAGCAUGUGAAGCACCCGUACCCGACCGACGAGGACAAGCAAAUGCUGCUCAAGAAGACUGGCAUCAGCAUGAAGCAGCUCACGAACUGGUUUACCAACGCCCGCAAGCGCAUUUGGAAGCCCAUGAUGCGCCGCGAGCAUUCGCGUCAGCUGCAGUCGGCAAUGGAGUUCGACCACACGGCUGUGCGUGAGUUUCCAGGUGCCGGAUUGAGCCAACAGUACGCCGAUAGCAGCUACGCCCCUCGUCCGACGGUGCGGCACUCUUUCGAUGCUGGCAGUUUGGGCGCUCCGCCCCACGCGGCGGCGGCAAAUUUUGACCGGUAUGCGCGGCCGCAGGCAUUCCCGGUGAACGCUCCUAUGUGCCCGCCCCGUGCUGUGCGCUCCAUGUCGGAGGCACCAGCAAGGACGGACGUAGACGAUUACCUGGAUGCAGAGCGAAUUCGAGAGCGUGUGUUGGAGCGCGGCCACGACAAUCACGCCCCUCGCAACAGUCUCUCACCGCGAGGACACAAGAUUCUACAGGAAUGGGUGAAUGCGAACGCACGGCGCGAGUACCCUUAUCCAAGCGACACCGAGCGACUGCAGCUUGCUAGGGAUACCGGUCUGGAUGUGUCACAAGUGGACGGAUGGGUCACCAGUCUUCGCGAGCAAAUGGGGGCCACCCCCGUGCGUGCAGUGUCAUCUAUUCCAUCUGCAGGGAACCCGGCGUUCCCGCCUCCACCAGCGUACGGCGAACGCCGAUCCAUCCCCACCAGCGGCAACCCCAUGUUCCCUCCGCGGCCGACCGCGCCCAGUUCCAUGCGACCAUCCAUUCCUUCUGCUGGAAACCCUCAAUUUCCUCCGCCUCCAGCUCGUCGGGAGGCCACCGAUAGCCGCUUCCCACCAUUCCCCUCGGCCGCCUCCCAUUAUCCAGGCCAAGAGGUGACGCGAAUGCGCUCCAUGACCAUCAGUGCCAGCCCGUAUCUGCACCCUCCUCUGUCUUCCAGCUCUACCAGCAACGACUCACAGGGCCAGCAAACCGCCAGCGCGUUGCCGUCGCUGUCCAGCCGGAGCUUGCUGAGCAGACCACCAACAAUUGUCACGUCUGGAGGCCCCACGAUGGGACAGCCGCGUGACGGCCGGUCGAGGACGCUGGAUAUGGGCCAGUUUGCAGACGCGCGGCGGCGGAAAAUGAAUUUCCAGGACAUCUUGGCGUCGACAGGCGGGGCCGCCGUCAGUGCCGCUCCUGCGGUAGCCACAUCGAGUGCGUUGCUGCAGACGACAAGCCACCCCACCGCUAGCAGCAGCAACAUGGAGAACGUGUACCCGAACAGCAGUGCGCCGUCGACCUCAGCAUACGCAGCCCCCGUGUCUAGUGGCUUCCAGCAGAAGCACCCCUCUGUGUCCUCCGAGCAGCAGUCAGGCCGAGUAGUAUGA